GAAUAAACUAAAAGCCAAGAUACAGAGCUCUUCUCUGGAUCACAUUGUCUCUCUCUCUCUUCUUGUUCCUCAUGGAUUCUUCAAGAACCCGAACUUUAGCUAGAAGAUCUGAUCCGGUCAACUUUCCGGCGAAGAGAAACACUUCUUCCCGACGAUCUUUAUCUUCUUCUUCCUUCUCGUCAUUCUCCUCUUGCUCCUCUAGCUCCCUCGUGUUUCAAGGCGACUCUCCUUUAAAUUCUCCGGCGACUCCUCUUCGUCUCCUCGGUGUUCCAUUCUCUUGGGAACACCUUCCAGGGAAACCCAAAGACUACUCUCACAGACUCAACCACCGCCUAAAUAAAGAAUCUUCAGUUAUACUACCCCUCCCUCCUCACCGGAGUACACAUUUUCCGGUCACCGGGAAAAAUAAAAAAUCUAACAGUUUAAGUAAGAAGAACAGCUUCCCGGUGACUGAGAAAGAUCCCUUCGCGGCCGCGUUGUUGGAGUGUUCCAAAGACAACGACGACGAUGAAGACGAGAGGGAAGAAGAGAGAUUCCGAGGAAACUCCGGUGGAUCAAAGAGCAGCAUCGGCGACAGGUUUGGGUUAGUGAGUCUCUACGGUUCUUGUCGGAGAACUUGUACAGUGACAGAGUCCAUUGUUUAUCUCCCAAGAACAAGAAAAGCUGCUUCUUAAUUAUGAUCAUCUGCCACGCCGUCGCCGUUAAUUCAUUGUCUUUCACGGUUCUCUUGAUCUUUGUAAUACUUUUUUUUAUAUAAUUUUCUAUGAAUGUAACAUAUUAUGACUGGGCACAUGACUAUUUCAGAGUGA